AUGUUUCUCUCCUUCCUCCUCACGCCGUAUGCCCUGCUAGCCAUCCCGGUCCUCUACUACCUCCUCCCCUACCUCCGCAACUGGUCCAUCAGAGACAUCCCCGCUCCCUUCCCAGCCCAGUUCACCAAUCUCUGGCUGGUCUACCAAGCCCGCACUGGGAAGCGCUACCUGGCGGUUGACCAAGCCCAUAAAAAAUACGGCAAGCUUGUGCGCAUCCAGCCGCACCAUGUAUCAGUAGCAGACCCGGAUGCUAUACCCAUAAUUUAUGGCCACGGUAAUGGGUUCCUCAAGAGCGACUACUACGACGCCUUCGUCUCCAUCCGCCGCGGCCUUUUCAACACGCGCGACCGCGCCGAGCACACGCGCAAGCGCAAGACCGUCUCUCACACCUUCAGCGCAAAGUCUGUCGGCCAGUUCGAGCAGUACAUGCACCACAACCUCGAAGAGCUGGUCGCGCAAUGGGACCGUAUGGCGAAGGAGGCAGAGGGCGGCUACGCCAAGAUGGACAGUCUGCACUGGUUCAACUACCUUGCGUUCGACAUUAUCGGCGACCUGGCGUUUGGCGCGCCGUUUGGCAUGCUCAAGGAAGGUAAAGACAUCGCAGAGAUCAGGGCGACGCCUGACAGCAAGCCGACGUUUGCGCCGGCUAUCGAGGUGUUGAAUCGGAGGGGAGAAGUUUCCGGCACAAUCGGCUGCCUUCCUCAGCUUAAGCCCUACGCCCGCUACCUCCCCGACCCCUUCUUCACCCAAGGCGUAAAAGCAGUCGAGAACCUCGCUGGCAUCGCCGUCGCACGGGUAAACCAACGCCUCGCCAAUGCCGACAAGAUCGAUCGCGUCGACCUCCUCGCGCGCCUGAUGGAAGGCCGGGACGAAAGUGGCGAGAAGCUUGGCCGCGAGGAACUCACCGCCGAGGCGCUGACGCAGCUGAUCGCCGGCAGCGACACGACUAGCAACACGUCCUGCGCGCUGCUGUUCCACUGCCUGAAACAUCCGGAGGUCGUCAGGAAGCUGCAGCAGGAGGUUGAUCAGGCAAUUCCGGACGCUGGGACUGUGCCGAACUUCGCUAUGGUCAGGGAUCUUCCAUACCUCGACGCUGUGAUCAAAGAAACAAUGCGCAUCCACUCGACCUCCUCCCUCGGCCUUCCCCGCGUCGUCCCCCCCGGCCCCGGCAUCGACGUCAGCGGCCACCACUUCCCGCAAGCGACGGUCCUCUCCGUCCCCGCCUACACGAUCCACCACUCCAAGGAGAUCUGGGGCCCCGACGCCGACGAGUUCGUGCCCGAGCGCUGGGAGAGGAUCACGGAGAAGCAGAAGGCGGCCUUUAUACCGUUCAGCUACGGGCCGCGGGCAUGUGUGGGACGUAACGUGGCGGAGAUGGAGUUGGCGCUGAUUGUGAGCACGGUGUUUAGGCGGUAUGAGUUUGAGCUCUAUCAGGGGGAGUUGGAGACGAGGGAGGGGUUUUUGAGGAAGCCGUUGGGGUUGGAUGUGGGGAUGAGGAGGAGGCAGGUUUGA